UCCAGUUCCGGCGGUGACCUGUGAGACUCGUUUGCGAGGAGCCGCCCGGUCACUGAAAUGAGGCGUGGGUGGGCAGCUCCCUGGCUGGCAGGUGGGGCCUGGGGCUCCCUCCCCGGAACGGCCAGCGGGGCUGUGCGAGGGCCGCUUCAGACCAGUAACAGCAGCAGAAAGGUACCGACUGGUACAGCGCAAGCCCCGGGUCCUGCCCCAGCCUACCAGAAGAGCUGCAAGCCAGUGCCAUUUUCAUGCUGCCCUGAGGAGGAUCCACUGAUCGUGGUCAGCCAGUGCUUAACCACAGCUGCUUGUGGUAGCACCAAAUGUCCUGUGAGUCUGCACUGACUCCAUCAGCUGAUGGCAACAAGAAACACAUGUGGAAGCCAAGAACUGAUUUUGCAAUAAUGAAAUGCCUCACCCACCCACUGCUCAGGAAGUUGUUGAGUCUCUCACCUCAGUGCAUGCCAGGGGGAUUAAGUCACAGUAAAGGUCCUAUCCUCAGUCCAAAUUGGUCAUCUUGGAGGCAGAGCUGCAGUGCAAGACCUGGGCUUGUGACUGCUACUGAUGUGGUCAACUACUGGCAGAAGGUGUUUGAGACAAAUGGGAUACCUGAAGCACGAGAAUCCAGUGAAUAUAUUGUGUCGUUUGUUCUGGGAGCAAAAACAUUUCAGAGUUUGAAUUGCAAAAGCCUUCACACUCCACUUACCGUAGUGCAGCAGGAGCAAAUCCAGCAGUUGAGCAGCAAGCGACUAGAAAGAAUGCCGGUGCAGUAUGUGCUUGGGGAGUGGGACUUUCAGGACCUGACUCUGAAGAUGAGACCCCCAGUAUUCAUUCCUCGUCCUGAAACAGAGGAUCUUGUCUCUUUAAUUGUGGAAGAAGAAUCUCAGAAAUGUGAGAAGAGUUCAGGACUCUGCUUCCCAGUUCCUGACCCUCAUCCUGUGAUCCUGGAGGUUGGCUGUGGCUCUGGAGCAAUUUCUCUGAGUCUGCUGUCCAGACUGCAACAGGGCCGGGUGGUAGCAGUGGAUAAAGAGAAGGCUGCUGUGGAUCUCACCAGGGAGAAUGCACAUAGGCUGCAACUCCAAGACAGGAUCCACAUCCUCCACCAUGAUAUUUCAUAUGGUUCUGCUAAGCAGCUGCUACGCUGGGGCCCCUUAGACUUCAUAGUCAGUAACCCUCCCUAUGUCUUCCAUGAAGACAUGGCUUCCUUGGAUGCAGAAAUCCUCCGCUAUGAGGACCUUGGUGCACUGGAUGGGGGAGAUGAUGGCAUGAGAGUCAUCAAAACAAUCCUGACUCUGGCUCCUUCUCUUCUGAAGAAUUCUGGGAGUGUGUUUCUGGAAGUUGAUUCCAGACACCCAGCUAUGGUGGAGAAUUGGCUGCAGGCACACCCCAACUUACUGCUUGCCCUUCGUGCCGUUCACAAGGACCUCUGUGGCAAGCCUAGGUUUCUGCACAUCCAGAACCAACACAGAUGACAGCUGUACCAGAAAUAACUCUUUUUGCUGGUGAGACCUCCUCAACAGCUUGUUGAAAACUCUGUGUGGCAAAAGGAAUCUCCACUUCAUUUCCGGGGCCACUGAACUGUCCAUGAGGGCAGACCCCCUCAUCUCAUGAUACAGACUUCAUCCAGAGCUGCAAGAGUUCAGCAGAGCAUGUAGAAAUGUUUCACCUUCUUCAGGGAACUGCUCGCAACUUUUUCAUUUGCUCAUUAGUAUCAGGACUCAAGAUGGAAGAGUUCACGGCUCCAGAUAUUCAUUAAAAAUACAACUUCUCAACAUGUCACAUCACUUAUUUGACCUAGAAAGAAUUUAACUUUUCAUUUUUGGCCUUGAGAUAAAUUUAUGUAGAGUGUGACCAGAAUGGAUGAUAGGCCUCAACUCUGGCUUAUAUUGGCACAUGACUUGCUGAUAAAAUAGGACAUGACUAACCUGCACAUUGCAAAUUCAGUUCUAUUCCAGGAUCCUGGUGCUCUGGAGUAGAUCUCCAACAGCAAAGCAGCUUUCAUUUCCCAGUCCUGCUGAGUGACGUGUUGUUGAGGGAUCAGCACACGUUACACCAUCUGAGUCUACAGCACCUGACACUUGGUGGAUGCUGCCAGAAGCAAUCAAAACACUGUAAUAAAGAUAAUGCUUUAGAUCAGUGUCCUUACAAGAACUGCUGUGCAGUGAUGUUUUCAAACAUGCUAGCAGACCUGAACACCUGGCACCUGCACAUUGCCUCUGAUAGUAAUAGGAAUGUCUAACUGUUGUGUAAGGCAUUUAAAUGCAAGACUUUACAAAGAAGCCCAGAACUGUUACUCCAGUUUUGCAGAUGGAGAAGUUAAAAAGCAGGAGGUGAAAUGACUUGUACAAAAACUUGACAACGGGCUAAGUGUGGAGUAGGACCCAGUCUCUUGGCAGCUACAGCAAUAGCUGAGGUCUCUUUCCUUGGAAAGUGUGACUCAGAGUAGGGCUGGCCGAAACACUACUGAGAGAUGUCCCUGAAAUGGACAGUCAACAUCAUGAUGUUAUAAAUAAUGGAAGGAUUAAAUUCCAGCUGCUUGUUGCUACUGUUUCCAGUGUUGCAAGUUCCCAUCCUUACCAUACCUAGCCAGGGAAGGAAGGAGAUAAAGCAAACCAAAGGAUCUGGUCUGCCAGUCUGAAAGGAAGCACUUGGUGAGCCAGUGGAGGUGAGCUCUCAGUUGGGGUGGAAUUUUUCAGACAGUGACAUUUGCUGUAUGUGCACCAGGGAGGAGCUAUCAGGUUCUCUGUCCAGGCUGAACAGGGAGAGCACAGCCAGAAACAUUAGGUAGAAGCUUCAUCAGCAAACUCAGCAUCUGUUUGUAAGGCUGAAACAGAUUGAGAGGGCUUUUUGUGAGCACUCAUCACAUGGUCCCUUUCCCCUCUACAUCUCCCACACUCGCAGUUCCUGCUCUCUCAUCUGCUCUUUAAUUCUUGAGCAUUAGCUCUGCUUUUCCACAGAUGUCUGAGCUGUCUCUGAUGUACCAGCACUCGAGUCUCCGGUUGGAUCCUUCCCCCACCCUCUGGGCUUUUACAGCUCUGUUCACAGACUGGCCUUUCACCCUGUCAUACCACUCACACUUCAUUUAUCCAUCUUACUGCUCUACUUACCCCAGUAGUUGGCCAUGUCCUAUACACUCUUUACUUGAAGUUACAAGCCUUCACUGGACUGCACUACCUGCCCUGGUUAAACACAGCAGAGGAAAUCUAGGGAAGGAGAGAACUAAAAGGGUUCAAUUAAAGUCCAUUUGAUCCUAGGUUUGGAAAUAAAGUUCCAGCACAGCUGAUUUCUGGCAGUUUUGCCUGCUAGAGCUGUGAGUACAAAUGGUAGUCAAAGAGGUGUUAUGGUUUGUGGUUUUUUGGAUUAUUGUUUGUCUGGUUUUUAGGGUCGAUUUUAAGGUGGACUUCACCAGAGUUAGUUCUUAAUUUAUAAACAGUUCACGGAUUUCAUCUGGGUGUUGGCAGUGUUUAGGUAUGAAAUGUGGCAAGAAGCACAGCUUACUUUGCAGGGCACUGUAAAAGUUGGAUAGUUUACUGGCUUAUGAGAGUGUUACAUGGCACCAUAUAUUGCAUUCUUCAAAGGGCAGGCUGGUUCCCUGCAGCAGGAGAGGUGUCCCUCUGAGAAUGCUGGUGACUGGGCUGCAGAGAGCAGUGUGCCUGUUCUUGGAAGCAUCAAUCAGUCACUUGUCAGAGCUCUGAGCAGGGCACUCUCUCUGUGGAACAGAUGGUUUAAUCCAGUAGGACAAGUGUUAAAUUCCUAUAUUUAUAGCUAAAACAAUAAUAAAAAGAUCUUGCAUUUCUGUAA